AUGGAGCCUAGUGGUGUUUGGGCUGAGUCUGACAGCCUUGGCAUACCCCUUCUGUGGCAAGCUGUUAGGCGUGGGGCUCUUUGCGCUGUGCUGCAGCAGAACCCGGAGGCGCUUGAUCGGCCGCGGCUGCUGGUGCAGGCCAUGGAUGCCCUGGCCAAGUCCCAGAGUGCUGAGGAAGGUCUGCUGAAGUCCAUGAGCAAGCAGAUCGUCUACCACAUGGUGGACUUCAGCGUGAAGGACUUGGCUACCACAGCGAAUGCAUGCCAGCGAAUGCUUGUGAAAGACGGCGCCAUUCUGGAAUCUUUGGUGCGACAGGGUCUUCGAAAAGGCUGGCGCUUCAAGCCUGUCUCUGCCGAGGCUGUGAUUCGUGCCUGCGAUGCGGCGGGCUUUCGGCACCCGCAGCUCGUGGAACUGAGGGAAGGGCUGGAGCAGCAGAAGAAUUCGGCCUCGACUCGAGAAGCGCCGCCUCCACGGCCGGAGCUCCAAGCAGAGGUGGACUGGGAGACCGUGGAGGAGGGUCCGCUGUUCGACGAUGUUGCGGCCAAGGCGCAGGAUGCCGAAGAACUGAAGAAGGCAUCCGAGCCGCCAGCAAGUGGGAGCGUUUCCACUUCCAAAGGAUCUGAAGCCUCCGAGGCUAUAGGCCAGCGACGCAGGCGCGAGCCAGAGGUUGCAGAGAGGUCGAGCCCACAAAUCGUCGCUGCGGACAAGGAGGUCCGAAAGGUUCUGCGGGAUGUGGAGAAGAAGGUGCUGCGUCCAUUCGGUCUGAAGAGCUUCGUCCUGCAGCAGAGCAGGAAUCGCAAAAGGUGA